AUGUUUGCCGACAGGAUAAUAUUCGACGAGGACGGCGAUGCCCAACUCUGUGUUGGUUCCGCUUACAGCAAUCCGCCUGCGAUUUUCAUCGCCUGCUCCCGCGCUCUAUCGCGCGCUUCGCCCGUCUUUGACGAGAUAUUACACGGUACCCGCGCCCAACAGGGAAAAGACGCCGUCAUCAUCGACCUUGCCCACGACAAGCCGGCGUCCUUGGCGCUCUUGCUGUUCGCCGUGCACUCCCGGUUCGACCACGUGCCGGCCUGUCUACCCAUUGAUGCCUUGUACGACUUGACAGUGGUUGCGCAAAAGUAUGGCGCGACGGCUGCGUUAAGGCCGUGGACGGGCAAGUGGACGCAGGCCGUGGCUGUUGAGCUCGAGGGCGAGGACGACAAGCUGCCCAAGGCCAUGAGCAUUUACUGGGCGCUGGGGUGUCGCGCAGGCUUCUUCAGCACAGCGGCGCGGUUCGCAGAGUGUGCCCCGGAUCUUGGGACGACGACGGAUUUGGCGGAUUUGCAAAUACCGCCCGACACCGUCGGUGAGUAG